AUGAGGGAUCGCCUUGUACACGGCCUUAAGGAAGCUGGCUCGACUAGGGACUGGACCCACAUCACUGACCAGAUUGGCAUGUUCUGCUUCUCUGGCCUUUCUCCUGAACAGGUGGACAGGCUGGCCAACGAAUUCCACAUUUACAUGACCAAGAAUGGCCGCAUCUCCAUGGCAGGUGUUACCUCCCACAAUGUGGACUACCUUGCCAAGGCCAUCCAUGAGGUCACCAAGCAGUAA